UGGCACUUAAAUGAGCAUUUUUGUAGUUCAGACAGCGGCGUGCUAACAGGACUUUUAUUUUGGUGUUGCGGUGUGACGUCAUAGGACUGCGCCCGUGCGCCGAUCUCCUGCGUCUGUUGAGGUUCGCCUGAAGAAAGGACAAAGUGUCCAAACACACAGAAAAACUCCUGCUGAGGUGACUGAGAUCCACGUGACCCUGUUAUAAAGAUGGAGUUUAUUAAAGAGGAGAGUGAAGACAUAAGGAUUGAAGAAAUAUUCAGUCUGAAACAUGAAGAUGCUGAGGAACAAACAGACCUGAUGGCGCUGAAAGAAGAGAGGAAAAGACUGACAACGAUAGAAGAGAAGGAUCAAUAUGAGAGACUUGACUUCAUAACUGUGGAAACAUCUAUGCAGUCUGAAACAUCUUCAUCACCAAAAAAUGUUCAGAAGACUGAAUCUAACAGUUGCUUCACCUGCCAUCAGUGUGGAAAGAGUUUCAAACAAAAAUAUACCCUUCAAAUGCACAUGAACGUUCAUACUGGAGAGAGGCCUUUCAAGUGCCACGAGUGUGGAAAGAGAUUCUCCCGUAAAGAAAACCUUAAACGCCACAUGAACAGUCACACUGGAAUGAAGCCUUUCAUAUGCCAACUGUGUGGAGCAUGUUUAGCACAUAAACAAAGCCUUAAUGCCCACAUGAAACGCCACACUGGAGAGAAGCCAUUCACAUGUGAUCAGUGUGGAAUGAGUUUCAUACAUAAAGUAUCCUUUGAUUAUCACACGAAGAGAGAAUACUCAGGAGAGAACGGUUUUACAUGUAAUCGGUGUGGAGAGAGUUUCAGUUGUAGAGGAAACCUCAAAAAUCAUACAAGACUUCACACUGGAGAGAAUCCUUUUACCUGCAGUGUGUGUGGGCAUAGCUUCACAUAUAAAGCACACUUUGAUACCCACAUGAGAAUACACACUGGAGAGAAGCCUUUUACCUGCAAACUGUGUGGUAAGAGCUUCUCACGCAACGGAUCUCUUAAGAUUCACAUGGUCGUUCACACUGGAGAGAAGCCGUUUCCAUGUGAUCAGUGUGGAAAGUGUUUUAGACAUAAAACAACCCUUGAUUCACACAUGAAGUGUCACACUGGAGAGAGUCCUUACAUCUGCAAAUUUUGUGGGAAGAGCUUCUCAAGUAAAUCAACCCUUAUUUCCCACAUGAGAAAUCACACAGGAGAGAAGCCUUUCAAGUGCAAACUGUGUGAGAGGAGCUUCACACAAAAGGGAAAUCUUAAGAUUCACAUGACAAUUCACUCAGGAGAGAAACCUUUUGUGUGUUCUCAGUGUGGAAAAUGUUAUGCACGUGAAACAAACCUUACCUACCACAUGAGGAUUCACUCACAAGAGUAUAAUUGUCAUCAGUGUGGACAGAGAUUCCCAGACAAGAGACGCCUUAACUGGCAUGAAAAAGUUCAUUCUCGAGAGUCUUUCACGUGCCAUGAAUGUGGAAAGAGCUUCAGAUUUAAAGGAAAAUUUAAGGUUCACAUGAGAAUCCACACCGGAGAGAAACCUUUCACCUGCACUCACUGUGGAAAGAGUUUCAAUCAGAAAAUAACCCUUCAGAUUCACACGAGGCUUCACACUGGAGAAAAACCUUUCACGUGUCUUCAGUGUAAGAGGAGCUUCACAUAUCAAAGAGACCUAAAACGUCAUUUGCAAACACAUUCUGGAAAGAAACUGGAGUGCUCUGCAAGCAGAAAGAGGCUUAAAAAAAGGAGCAGUUUGAAAGAUCAAAAGCACGAUCGAUCUGGAGGAAGGCAGUUUAAUUGUGAUCAGUGUAAUAAAACAUUUCUUUUGCCAUCACACUUACAAAUACACCUGAGAAGUCAUGCAGAUGUGAAACCAUAUUUGUGUUCUUCGUGUGGAAAGCGUUUUAAAUGGCUCAGUAGCUUAAAAUGGCACCAGAAAAUACGUAUCUGUGUGAAAGUAAAGCUACGUUCUCACCGCAGCCGAAAGUGACCCAAAUCUGAUCAUCCACCUUCAUGACCAUUUGCGUUCUUCUCCUCUAGAUUGUUGUUUAUGUGACCAGUUGUUUUGUAUAAUUCAGUAUAAUUCUGUUUUGGUUUGUUGCAAGACAUCUUUGCGAAUAUAAAAUUCAUCUUAGAAACUUUACAGAUUUUUACAUUCACAAAUUUCAAAAAUAAACAUCAUUAUUACAAGUCUUAUUAUUUUAAGAUUAGUUAAUUGUCAGAAGAGAUACUCAGUUACUCAUCCGUGGCGAGGUGUGUUGCAUUAGCGUUGUCAUAUCUUACUAUAACAUAUCAUUGCCUAAAAAAUGCUCUUUAUUAUUUUAACAUUUUGGGAGGGAAAAAAAUGUACAUACGUUUUUAACAACAAGAUGCAUUUACACUUGUGCAGUUUUGUCUGGUAUGUGGUCCAGACCACCUCCUGAAGUGGUUUGAGCAUUCAGAUUUAAAUCUGUCUCAAAAGCAUUUCGAAGUGCAUUUGCACGUGAUCUUUUCUCGAUUGGAUAUCUAUCUGAUAAGAGAAAAUGUAUGAGGCGGCCAGGUGUUAACAAGCCCUGACAGUGUCAGUGCAGCUUUAAAAUGGCAGUUUUUAAACUAAAGGCAGGGUAGGUAAUUUGGUUCAAAACAUUUGUUGUUAUGCUAGUUUAAAGUCUCUUCACUUCCUGUUAGCAAUCACUAAGUUUCAGAGGUCUAAAUUUAUUUAUAUGUAUAUAUAUCAUCUGUGGAAGACAUAUGACCAUAAAAUGUUCGUCCAAUCAAAAUGUUCAGUCAGCGCUUUGUAACAUAACUUGUUUAAUCUCAUAUUCACAAUAAAAUAUAAGUUUGAAUUUA